AUGGGCGCGGCCACGGCGGUGCUGCGGGCCAGUCAGGAUCCGGCGAUCGCCGCGUGCGUGCUGGACUCGGUCUUCGGUUGCUUGCCGACCGUCGCUAGGGAACUGGUGCAGAAGACCCGCUGGAAGAUCCCCGAGACGCUGGUCAGCAUGGCACUGGACAGGGUUCGUAAAGAGGUGCAGGCCAAGGCCGACUUCGACCUCGAGGAGCUGCGGCCCGUGGCCUUCGCCGCGCGCUCGAGGGUGCCCGCGCUGUUCGCGGUGGCGAAGGACGACGAUUUCGUUCUGCCGCACCACACCUACGACGUCCACAAGGCGUGGGGCUGCGCGGACAAGAAGCUCGUCACGGUCGGCGGCCACCACGACAGCUUGCGGCCGAAGAAGUUCGUGCAGUACGCGGCGGACUUCUUGCAGCAGCGGCUCCUGCUGGCGGCCAAGGACGGCGACGGUAGACCUACGACGCCAGUCCGCGCCAAGCGGAUCUCCCAGGAGCCCGCAGUGCGGAGGACGCCGACGCGCUUCGGAGGCUGCUGA